GCACAGUCAAAGAAAAUAUAGGAACAAAACAAAUCGUAUGUCCAUGUUUGAAAGUGAGCUGUGUUAUAAAAUAUUUAGAUAUUUAUAUUUUUUAAAUGUAGUUAUAGGUACUUUAAGUUUGAAUUGGAGUGAAUUAAAAUACCCGUAGAUCCUAUAAAGCGCCGAAAUACAGCACUUUAAUAAUGGAUAAAUCGAGGUUUUCUUUGUUAUUGUUAGAGCCCGGUGAAAUAUAUUUUGAAGAUUUUUCAUGCACUAUGAGUGACGAAGAAUCGGUGAAAGUCGGUAACGCGAGGCAAGGCCGACUAAAGCUUUGUUCUAAAUCUCUUGUGUUUGAACCCAGAGAGUGGGUUUAUCCACUCGUGAAGCUGCAAUUCAAGGACUGUGACACUCUGUCGGUUGUCAAGCUGUCUCAUGAUGUACCAAAGACUGCGAUUAAAAUUAAAAUUAAACAAUUUGCUGAAAUGCUCGAGGAAAAUGUGUUGGCGCCAUAUAAAUUUAUUUAUGAGAGUAGAGACUUUUUUAUAUUCUUCCAUUUUGCUUCAGCUGAAGAGUGUUUGUCUCAAAUGGAACAAUUGCAGAGAGCAUCAACAUUGCAUGCACCUGAACAUAAUAGUAUGGUAGCAACAAUUUUGCACUCUCGGUACAUGAGAAUGGUGUUUGACCCAGUGAUGAUGGAUGAUUUCACUGAAGAGAUAAUAUGUGAACUGCAGGCUGAGAAAAUAUCACCGCUUGUGAGGCAUCAGGGAAAGCUUGCACUUACACCAACCACUAUUUACUUCCAACCCUUCAGUAAUGUUGAGAGUAGUCCUGUUCUAAAAUUGAAACUAAGUCACUUAAGAAGACUAUAUAAGCGAAGAUUUUUGCUAAGGCAAGUUGGUCUUGAAAUAUAUAGCGCUGAAGAGAGUGCCGUACCUCAUAUAUAUUUGACAUUCCAAUCAGAUAGAGACAGAGAUAGGAUAUAUAAAAUAUUGGAAGAGUCACCAUACGUUAAUUUAGAAAGGGUACAUGCAGAAGAAAUGACCUUACAAUGGCAAAACGGCAUCGUUUCGAACUAUGACUAUCUAAUGUAUUUAAACUGCCUUGCAGAUAGAAGUAAAAAUGAUCUCACUCAAUAUCCCGUGUUCCCGUGGGUCGUUGCGGACUAUACAUCAGAAAUAUUAGACCUAAACAAAGCGGAUACGUUCAGAGAUAUAUCCAAACCGAUGGGGGCGUUGAACCCGGACCGUCUUGAAAAGUUAAAGGAGCGGUUCGACGAAAUGAAUGACCCUAAAUUUUUAUAUGGAUCACAUUACUCUGCACCUGGCCUUGUUUUGUUUUAUUUAGUUCGAAAAUAUCCACAAUACAUGUUAUGCUUACAAAACGGUAGAUUUGAUCACCCAGACAGAAUGUUUAACUCAGUCAAAGAUGUAUAUAAUAAUUGUUUACGGAAUAUGUCGGACUUUAAGGAAUUGGUUCCCGAGUUUUACGAUACAGAUGCCAAAGGAGAUUUCUUAGUAAAUAUAUACGAGAUAGACUUUGGUGAGCGGCAUGACGGUAGUAAAGUGAACAACGUCGCCCUUCCGCCGUGGGCUAGUUCUCCUGAGGAUUUCGUGGUCAAACUUAGGGAUGCUUUGGAAUCUGAUUAUGUUUCGAAACAUUUGCAUUUAUGGAUAGAUCUCAUUUUUGGAUAUAAACAGAGAGGAGAAGAGGCUGUAAAGGCAAAUAAUGUUUUUCAUCACGUAUGUUACGAGGGCGCCGUCGAUCUAGAGCGUGUUUACGAUAUGAACGAUAGGCACGCACUAGAAGUGCAAAUAAUGGAAUUUGGACAAGUUCCAAAGCAACUUUUCACGAAACCGCACGUUAGAAAAAUAAGUCAUAGGGUGCCGCCGCCAUUGUGCUGCGUCGAAAAAGAUGCCGUCUCAUAUGAAAUGGAAUGCGUGGAUGUCAUCCGGCUGCACAAAGAAGCGGUAACGUGCGCCGUACGUCACGGGACUAGAGUUAUUUCUGUGGGUAAAGAUGGCGCUCUCAAAGUGUACGAUAUGACGCAAAGAAAACAAAUUAGAAGCGUCAUUUUAAGCAACACACCGCUAAGCUCGUGCGUAAUGGUCGAUGACAACACGGUGGCAGUUGGUUCCUGGGAUAACGAAAUAUACUUGUAUGACGUAGAGUACGGAAGAGUGGUGGAAAGCUUCCGUGCACAUGACGAUUCAGUCAGCUGUUUGUUAUGGUUAGACAAAGAACGUCUGUUGAUAUCCGGCGGUUGUGACGGCGUAGUGCGCGUGUGGGGUCACGUGGGGCAUGCAGGGCAGGCGCUCCGGGGGCUGCGCGUCGAGCUCGACCAUGACGUCGAUGUCACUGCCAUCACCUACAGACGACGCCGCAACGAGAUCGAUAUAAUAACGGGCACUAGCGAUGGGGAAGUUUUCAUAUGGGACCUGAGGACGCGGGAGUUGGCGAAACUCUGUCUCCAUACAUCGGCUGUGAGCAGCGCGUGCCUGGUGCUGUCCGGCGACCGCGUCGUCACCGCCAGUGAGAACGGCGACAUGAACGUCACCGACCUCAGUGUAUCACAUUCGGUGUACCAGAAGCACUUCCCCGAGGCGGUGUCGUCGCUGUGCUGGGAUGGCAGCAGCGUGCUGUGGGUGGGCGGCGGCGGUGGCGCCCUGCUGCAGUGGAACCUCGUCACAGUCACCCAGCUCAAUGAACUGAAGGCGCACGAUGAUUCAAUCAAUAGUAUCCACUUUCACGAAGAAACCAAAACGCUCAUAACUGCCAGCAAAGAUAAAACAAUAAAAGUUUGGCAGCUGAAGCAAGUGUCCUGACGAAAGUGUUUGAUAACUAUUGCAUUGACAGUAUUAUCGAAAUAUUUUAUCGUACGACACGAACAUUUAAUUUAUAAGAAUUUAAAAAAUGUGAUAUGUUAUAUAGUAUACGAUACAUAAUGACUGCAUACAAUUGUUCCAAAAUAAGGACAAUAAAAUAUUAAAUAUU